UCACGCGGCACCCUGCAGUCUCGCUUCUUAGAGUUUAAAUUCAUUUGUUGUGCUUCACACAACAUCCACCAGGUGGCGCCUGGAACAACACACUGCAGCUCAACACACAGCACACUGACAACAAUGCAAUGUGUGUUCGCUUAGAUUUAAGAGAAAAUAUGAGAGUUAAAAAGUGUUGAUUCUGGUGUUGAUUUGAAAGGCAUCAGCACUUGCAGUGAAAGUCAGUGGUGGGGUUAAUGGAAUUACAGCGAGGUGACGUGAUUGACACUAGUGAGGAGUUGAUCCAAUUUCCGGUCCUUGCCCCUGAUUUCCUCUUUGUGUAAUGGCGGAUGACCACGAGGAGAGGACGGCGUUCAAACAGUUAAAGGCAAAUUUGGGCUUGCAAGAACUGCAGCUCGUCAAGUCUCUUCAAGUUCACAGACACCACGGAGGAGGAGGAGGAGGAGGAGGAGGAGAUCUUCCAUGAACUGAUUGAAGGCAGUCCACAAUUAUGCCUAACUGUAAGAUGUUCAGAAGAAAAUGUUUUUGCUGGCUUGUCUGACGAGUUUUCACCUGCAAGAUCUUCAACCCCCAGCACAAGCACUGAUACUCUUUCACUCCCUUCUACUGACUGUGAAGAGACUGAGAGAGCAGUCCAGAAUCAAGCAGCAACGGCCAGCAACAGUUUUGGCAUAGAUGCUGAAAAGGCAAGACGAAUUGUCCAAGAUGCCCUGGAAAAACAAUCUGGCGGUGAAGAUGCGCUUGAAGAAUACCAGACAACUAAAACUUUAAAGCACAGCACCAGACGUCAGCUUGUUAAUAUUGUUGUCAGUCACAUGACAGAGAUUCAUGGGUAAGACUUCAGUGCACAGAUUCAGGAAAUACACAGCUGUGUAUCAACUUGUGUAGAAAACAAGGUUUUUAACUUUAGCAUAAACCAGAUCUUCUUACUCUGUCGGAGGAUCCCUACACGCAAACAGCGGGAGACUUAUGCCUUGGGCAUUGUUUCUCUCUUUCCUAGCCUGAGAGACCCUUUUUCCACAAAAGGCUAUGAACAUUUCUACGAUCCAGAAAAGGGAACAGGGUACGUCUGCUGGCGCCUAAAAACUUUGUUGAGAAAGAACCCAAAACGUGCUCGCUUAGAGAUGUCUGAAAGUGGAGGACCAAGUCGGUGAAGAAUGACGGACGUUGGGCAGCAGCUUGAAGGAGAUGCAUGCAGGGAGGCAAUUUCCUUCCUUGUCCACGUAGCUGAUGAAGCUGAAGUUAUGCAGAAGAUGAAGCAAACUUUUAAGCAUAGACAAGAACUGGUACACAAUCCUGAAAGAUCAGCUGAUGUCCUCAAUAUAUUUCCAAGAUUUCUGGAUGUGAGAGGAUUGAUAAAUCAGGACUUUUCGCUGCUGUUCAAUUCUGAAACAUCCAACAAGUUGCUUGAGAGGGGGGAGACUGCAUUUAAGCAGAAGAUAAUCAAUGAAGCCCAAUCUCUUACUUCAACAGCAGAAAUUCAGAGUCUUAUCAGUGCAGCAGAGGGACAAGGAUCUGAACAUGAUUGGGACAGUGACAUGUCAUCUGUUCUUCUCCUGUUGCAUCUCCUGCCUCCUCCCCCAGGGAAGAAGAAGACUAAGAUCUGCUCGACAGAGGCUGUUGAGAGACUUGUGAAUUUCCAUAAGUCCUGCACCAGUAUUGAAGGCCUUAUCAGUGGGAGGGAGAGUCACCAGCCAUACCUACGGGCAUCUGGAAGACUCUGGAAGAGCAAGAUUGACAAAUUCUAUGUGGUUGUGGACAAGCACCUCAUCCCUUGUGCAGGAACCAGCUCUUUGAGUGCUGUCGAUGAGCUCUUCAAAGUUCACUAUGUGUUCAACCUGUCAUAUGAGGGAGCCCUUGUCAAUGUCUUCACCUUCCUGCAGACCACAAUCUACAACAUUGAUAUUGGUCUUACCAGUGAGUCUCUCCGCGUCAAGGAAUUGCGUGCAAAACUGUUAAACUAGUUUAAUGUUGAAGUGUUUCCGCUGUCAAACUUUGCACACAAACAGCCACUCUUUGAUCUCUCAUUUAAGACUCACACACAGUUUCUAUCCUUCGUUGAAGUUCAAGUUGUUAUGUGCACAGAGUGGCUGUAGUCGGCAGUUUUAUACAUAUUCUGGGUUUCGAAAGCAUUUGAACAGUGCUCAUGUUACUGAAUCCAGUCCAGUUCUUGAUCUGCCAUCUGGUGAAGUGUAAACUCCCAGUGUUAAUCAGUCAGGUUCUUUGUGUGUUGGAGAAAGUGAUCCCCAAGUCGCUCUCGUUGAAAAUGUGACCCUCUCUAGAGGAGAGAUGGCAGAUAUAUGUGCCUCAAUAGUGGCCAAAUUACAGAGCAGUGGAGUAGCCAGUAACUUGGUGUCAUCGGUCGUUUCGGAGCUUGAGGACCUUAUCACAGAAAUUCAUAACCAAAUUCGCCAAAAUGUGAUGUCUGUCAUUCCUCUUGAUAACCCAGUCAGAUCAGCAGUUGAAGAUAGUUUAGGUCAUUUUGAGAGUCCCUUUUCUAUGUUUAACAGUGAAACAAAAAGAAAUAAUUAUUUUGUUAACAAAUGGGCUGUAGUUGAGCCUGUCGAAAUUAUUCUUGGCAUGAGAUACGACACUAGGAGAAACAAACAAACAGGAUGUUAUGAUCAGGUCUCAGUAAAAGAAACA